AUGUCGCGAUCUUCUGGUUCCAGCAGCGAGCGACGGCUUCGCUCAGCCACCCCAUCUUUGCCUCAGAAGAAAUCUGUUGCUUUCCUCGACCGCAUUCUUCAGGAGAAUGCAGAACUACGUGCCCGUUUGCCCCCAUCCGAGUCGCCUCCCGUCAAACCUGCCCCGACCCUCUCUCAUCAUGACCCGAUGCCGAACGAUGACGAAGACGCUGCUCAGAACCAGAUCCUAGAAGAGAGCGACUGGUUUGCUCACACCAGGAGUUCCGACACACCCAUAUGGAUUGGCGAAAUUGCUGAUGCCGCGUUUGCCACUCGCUUUCGCCAGUUUGCUUCCUCUUCCAAGGCACCGAGUCAUAUCCCUCGCACUCAGUUUGCUUCUGACGAUGCUCUACGUGGUCUCGCGACCACAGCCCCGCCAUGGCCUUCGCCUGCUUGCGCCAGGCUCUUAAUCGAAACAGCACUCCAGUUUCUACGUCACAACUACCAUAUUGUACGACGGAGCGAGGUUCUCGCGUUGAGUACAGGUGGCUUUGACCAUGUCGGCCACGGGACCAGCCCAGCCUCUACAGCCAAGAUGUGGGCGCUGUUUGCCAUAGGUGAACUGCGAUCAAGCAAGUGCCUAAAUAUGAACAAUAACUUCCCCGGUUUGGCUUACUUUGCGGUUGCGAGUGAUGCCGUUCGUAUGAUCAAUGAGAGGCCCCAGCUAGAGCUUAUCGAGACUCUCCUACUUCUAGUGAGCCCUAAGCCCUUGGCCGACCAUCCCUUGCUGACUUCAUGUGCCUUUGUAGGCUCUGCCUUGCGACUUGCGACCAUCAUGGGCCUCCAUGUCAACAUCGGCCAUGCCUAUGUUCCAGAUCCCGAGCUGAGGGAGCACCGUGUUCGUAUCUGGUGGUCAGUCUACGUUCUUGAAAGGUUUCUAUCAUCAAAGAUUGGCCUACCACUACUUAUAUCAGAUGAUGAUAUCUCGGUCGACCUGCCAUCGAUGAACCCAGCUCUCAACUCUUCAGACUUUGGUGACCACCUCCAUUUUAUGGCCGUGGUGCGACUUGCUAAAAUCGCAGGGAACAUAUCCAGAUCACUCUACGUCCGAACACCUCAGCGUGGGACGUUCCUUCAACGGGUGGAAAAGAUUCGAGAGGAGCUUAGUCAGUGGAGAGACCAGCUUCCCGAACACAUGAAGCCCUAUUUCACUCGUGGGGGUGGCAGUAACAUGUACUCUCAGCCUGUGACGCCUCCUCUACAACUCACAUUCAACCAGUUGUUUAUCCUAGUAACAAGACCAGUGCUACUCUUCGUAUUCCGACGUCACAUCGAAGGAAGUGUCGCGGCUACAGCAGACAGCAGCCUUCCUGGCCAUGCAUUAGAGAUUGCUGACGCUUGUAUUCACUAUGCGAGACAAUCCUUCCAACUUUUGUCUCAGUGCUGGGUGAACGGCGACUUUCACGUCUUCAAUUACUCUUAUGUACAACAUCUCUUUUCAGCCGCCGUCAUCCUCGCAAUAGCUGGUGCUCUAGGUCGACAAAGUUCACAGAACGACAACGAUGAGUUCAAUCUUGCAUCAGACUUCCUCCAACAACUGGAACAGAAUGGCCAUUUCGCGGCGAUGGAGUUUUACUCUCACAUCAAGAAGAUUCGAUCUACUAUGGAGACAUUGCGUUCAACUGAAGGUCCUCUUGUUGCAUCCGACAACUCUGGGUCACAGCCCUCAGUACAAACUUUCCAAUCGACUUUCAGUGAGCAGACCAUGGCAUCAACUUCACAUGAAGAUGGUCAUAGCCUUCAGUUUGUGGAUGAUUUGCCUUUAGAUCUAUCGUUCCUUGAUGAUUGGAUUUACGAAAAUGCUCUUCAACAACUAUGUUGGGAGGAGCAGUUGCCAAAUAAUGAUUAG